AUGGCGAACGUCACUGAAUUCGAGCUGGAAAAAUUACGAGCUGAACUACAACAAGAAAUACAAAUGAAAGAAAUGCUGGACCAGUCAUCAGCUGAACUGAAAGCUACAAUUGAUGAACUAGAAAGGCGGUAUGAUAGCAUUGAGAAUGAAGGUAAUGAAUGGAAGACUAGGUUUGAGACGCAGACUGAAAUGAACCUGCAGUUGGAGAAGCAAAAUCUUUUGUUAAAGGAGAAGAUAGAAGAAGCGAAAAGAAAUUUGAAAGAAGCUGGAAAGUCUCCAAGGGAUAAUCGAGCAUUUGAUGACCUUGCUGAUGCAAGUCCACAGAUGGUGAAGUCCCUGGAAAGGGAGAGAAAUAGCUUAUACAGUCAGUUGAGAGACUUGGAAUGGAGGCUGGACCAGGAGUCUAAGGCUUACCAUAAAGCAAACGACGAAAGAAAACAAUAUGUUCUGGAGAUUAAUGCAACUAAAGUUAAUAUAGGAGAUCUAAGGGCAAGACAAAGACAAACAGUGCUGGCUGCCCAAGAGGCUCCACCAAGGAUCACAUCUCGAUCCAAUCCCGGCGAGACACCACGAAGUUACAGAAAUAAUGGAGGGAAUAUUCCAGAAGAUCAAAGGAUUCUUGACCCCAGAUAUGGUCCAAUAAGAAAGACUGCUGGAGUUAAAGCAUUACCAAGUCUGGACUAA